AUGGAUACGGAGAGUGCCCACCCUGGAGAGCAGGUCAGAGGUGAAGUCGAAACGCUCCGUGCAAUGGUUCAAGGCCAGCACGUGGGGGAGCACGAAGAGGACGUCUUCGACUGGACAACUAUCGGAAGGGUGCUCGAGGCCACUUUUGGAGAGGCAAGCAACGGCGGAGCAAGCACUGGACAAGCUCAGGCGAUUCAAGAGGAGUAUGAGGGAGUAGUGAAGUGUGAGGAAAACCUUCUGGAGAUCCUGAGUGAUGACCACCUAGGCGGAAGGGCGAAAAACAUGUACAAGGCGCUGCCCAGGCUGGUAAAAGAGCAAGGAUUUGGGGCAGUCGUAAGAGAGAUGUCUAGGUUGCUGUCGCAGGAGUCCACGGCAGGCAGGCUGCGGGCACUGACGGAGCUACGAGCGUUAAAGAUUAGGCCCAAUCAAGACGUGGCUGACUUCUGCGUGGCUAUAGAAAGUUUGGGACAGCAAGCAUAUCCAGAGGGGAACCCUGAAGAUCGGUCAUUAGAAUAUGCCCAGAUUCUCUUGAGUAACCUCGGGGACUGGCCCGAACAUUUCCAGUUAGUGAGUGCCCUACAUAAGGUAGAGGCUCAUAGGGCAUAUGAUGAGAUUAAACAACUAGCUCUAAGUAUUGAGCAGUCAAAACGUAUGCUGAGUGCAAACAGCCACGCCGGCAAGGCAAGCUGGAAAAAUAGAUCCACGCAAUAUCGGGCUGGUUACGAGGGUGUAGGACUGGUCCAGGCGAGAGCGUGGGAGAGGCAAGAGCCAUACGGGAAGGAGUCAAGGGAAACAGGAGGGAGUGGACCUCAAGUCGAGGCACGCAAAGCGCUACCUGGUAAUAAGGCUAUGGCCAAACCCAAGAGCAACGAGUCUAGAAAAUGCUACACUUGCUCAAGGUAUGGGCACUUAAGUCGGGAUUGCCCGCAGCGAACAACGAGGGUGAGUAAGGUGGAACUCAAAGGAUCAGGGAAAGGCCUACAGUGUCAAGCAUUAUUCAACCAGGCGAGUAGCUUGGGGAUAGCGGUGAAGGAUGAGAAUUGGUCAAAGAGUACCCUCAUUGGGGAUCGAGUGGUGGCAUCCCUGACCCUUCUCGAUAGGACAAGUUCUGCAUUAAUUGAUACCGGGUCAAUGAUAAGUAUUAUACCAGUGGACGUGUUAGCGAAGGCGCAGCAGGACGGUUAUGAUGUGGAUGCACUAGAAGUGAUAGAGGAGUGUAGGUUGAGCCCAGUUUUUGAUGCCUCGGAUAAUAGAAUGCGUUUCCUAGGUGCGGUCAUUAUAGAAGCCGAACUGCAAGGAGGAAAUCGGUGUAAAGUCGCCUUUCACAUUACCAAAAGAAAGGAGGCAGAGAUUAUUUUGGGUACCAACGCGCUAGAGGAUUUAGGGGUAGAAAUAUCUAUAGGGAAGAAAGACGUUGGCCGAGGGGAAGUGGAUAAUAGUGAGAGAGAAGGCAGAAUCGCAGUAGUGAAGCGAAUAUAUAUACCACCACAUGAGACAGCCCUGGUGGAAGUAAGAUGUGAGGGGAACACCAAAGAAGUGGUAGAUCGCGUUAUAUGGCCAAGUAGGGACGGAAUGGCAGCAGGAGUGUUUCGAAUCCAAGAUGGUCAAACGAACAUACCGGUCAUCAAUAAUAGCGAUCAGCCUGUACUUUUCAAAGAAGGAGAGGAGGUCGGGUCGUGGGGAACCGACAAAUGGCAUGAUCGUUGGGAAGAAUGGAAUCCGCUAAUGUGUGAUGAGGGGGAAGAUAAGCUUCCCGGAAAAGGAGAGACUGGAGAGAUUGCUAAAAUUCAUAGGUGA